GCGAGUCGGGUGAAAGGUCGUUGCUAGGAUGAAGAUGGCGGACAGGCGCUGCGCCUGAAUUUGCGGGACGUUCUUGAGUCGCGUUCAUUUUUAUUUCGGCGGCGGAGGAGGGGGAGAAGAGCGUCGCAGAGAUGGGUCGGAGGUCGACCAGUUCCACCAAGAGUGGGAAGUUCAUGAACCCCACCGACCAGGCCCGAAAAGAAGCCAGGAAACGAGAAUUGAAAAAGAACAAGAAGCAACGAAUGAUGGUGCGGGCAGCUGUGCUCAAAAUGAAGGACCCCAAACAAAUAAUCAAAGACAUGGAGAAACUGGAUGAAAUGGAGUUCAAUCCUGUUCAACAGCCCCAGCUUAAUGAGAAGGUAUUGAAAGAUAAGCGGAAGAAACUCCGAGAGACAUUUGAGCGAAUCCUGCGUCUGUAUGAGAAGGAAAAUACUGAUUUUUAUAAGGAGCUGCGGAAACUUGAGACCGAAUAUGAACAGAAGCGAUCCCAACUUUGCCAGUUCUUUGAUGCUGUGAAGAAUGCCCAGCACGUGGAGGUGGAGAGUAUUCCACUACCAGAUAUGCCUCAUGCACCGUCAAACAUUAUGAUUCAGGACAUACCCCUCCCGGGAGCUCAACCACCCUCAAUAUUGAAGAAAACAUCAGCUUAUGGGCCACCCUCCAAACCUGUUACACUUAUACCACUUCCUUCUUACGGGGUUCCACGGUUGCCGCCUGGUAAGAAGCCACCCGGUCCUCCGCCAGGUCCUCCACCACCACAGGUGUUAGCACUUUAUGCCCGAAGGAUGGGCCCUCCUCCAGGUUUACCUCUGAAGGGAAAGGAUGACGAUAAUGUCUACGAUCCUGAAACUGCAAUUCAGGAUAUGCAGGAGGAUGAGGAGGAGGAAGACAGUGGGGAUGAUGAUUACAACGAUGGCAUGGAGCAGGAUCAAGAUGGAGAUCGAGAUGAUCAAGAUGAAGACAGUGAUGAUUCAAAGGAUAAAGACAGUGAUGACGAUGAUGAUUUUCGGCACCGGGAUGAAGAUGAUGACAGGUUGGACGAUGAUAAGCCAGGACGUACUGUGCGGUUUGCAGAUGUGCAGGACAAACACAAGAAGAAAAAGAAAAACAUGAAGGAGCUGACUCCUCUGCAGGCCAUGAUGCUUCGAAUGGCAGGACAAGAUUUCCCAGAGGAGGAGGAGGAGGAGGAAGAGGAGCCCACUCCUGAGGCAGCUGCUGAAGAAGAGAAGAUGGAUACGGAGGAACAGAAUCGGGAAAAGCGACAGCUGGAGGAAAGCCAGCCAGAGGGGCCACAGGUACCGCCGCCAACCCAGAUGCCUCCCAGAGCACCAAUGCAAGCUCCACCGAUGCCUGGGCCUCCUCCGCUUGGACCUCCACCUGCACCCCCACUAAGACCCCCAGGGCCACCAUCUGGUCUACCACCAGGACCACCCCCAGGGGCGCCUCCAUUCAUACGACCACCAGGAUUGCCUGGAAUCAGAGGACCGAUUCCACGUCUGCUUCCUCCUGGACCACCACCAGGGCGACCUCCAGGCCCACCACCAGGACCCCCGCCAGGCCUUCCUCCAGGCCCACCACCCCGAGGACCCCCUCCAAGAUUGCCACCACCUGCACCCCCAGGUAUCCCACCUCCACGGCCAGGUAUGAUACGCCCACCCUUGGCUCCUCCACUUGGUCCCGCGCCCCCAGGAUUGUUCCCGCCAGCCCCGGUGCCAAACCCCGGUGUCCUCAGCGCUCCUCCAAGUCUCAUUCAGCGGCCGAAGAUGGAUGAGAACAUCACCACCAUCGAGAAGAAAGCUAUUGCCACGAUCAGUGCAAAGCCCCAGAUCACCAAUCCUAAGGCAGAGAUCACCCGCUUUGUGCCCACCGCCUUGCGAGUCAAGCGAGAAAGUAAGAGUCAGGCGCCACUGAAGAAAGGAGAGGAAGAAGUUGUCGCCCCGACGAAGCCCGUACCAAAGGCUGUGCCAGCUGUCUCAAUCCAAACGAAGGAUGACAUAUACGAGUCUUUCAUGAAAGAAAUGGAAGGUCUUUUAUAACUAACUCAGACUUGGUCCCUCCUGAUCCUAGAUUACCAACCUUUCAGCAGUGUUCUUUGAGAUUAAUGUCUCAAUGCAUCCCAAGUUUGCUUUUUAAAAAAAAAAUAAAUACAUUUCUGUAACAUAAAUGUUCACGUGAAAACACUGAUUUAUAAAAUUGUUAUUCAUAUGAUGUAACCCAACCCUAUAACCUUUGUGGUUAGGAAUUUUGCAGCUGAGAACAGACCCUUACUCGUGAGCUUUCAAACACUGUGGCUAAAGAUUAGACUUGCGGCAUGCUUGCAAGCGUUAUCAAAACCUAAAUUAAAAAAUAACUGCUUCGACCAUAAGGGGUAAUGAUUUAUAGAGACAUUUUGCAGGAAAUGUUGGAGAAAAUAUCAUUUUCGUUUGUGUAUAAUUUAAACACGGGAGUCUCCAACAGUAAGAGUUUCAACCUUUAGCACUAAUAGAGAAAAUAGUUUUGGAUUGGUGAAUUUAAAAAAAAGUUUGGAGCAAAUUGGGUAUCAGAGGUCAUGCGUUAGCUGUUGUAAGUCCCUUCCGUAUUCUUAGCUCAACUGAAUUGCUACAGUUACUAAGCUUGUGGGCAGGGUGAAGAGAGGUCAUUCUCCCAUUGAUGUCUACUGAAACUGUUAUCAAAAAAAUUCCCUUUUUUGUUUUGUGGGUGUCUGUACAUAUAGCCCUCAGUAGUAUCUCUGCCCAGUCUUCCUUUUAGUGAAUGCUUUACUCCCUAUUUUUCUAUUUUACAUGAAUAAUUUUGGUACUGUAUCAGUACUAGUGUAUACAGAGGCAGAACUUCGACAGGACUGAUAAAAAAUGGUUCCACUGAUCACUCUGGUUGCAUGUAAAAAUUCUUCACAUCCCUUAAUGAAUUUCUUGGAAAUUGAUUGGAGAAAAAAAAGCUUCAUCUUUUGCAAAUGUGCAAUGUAAUGUUAAAAAUGUUUAGUUUUAUUAAGCCUUUCUGUGGAAAAGGAAGACAUUUUAAGGGACAUUUUGGAAAUGAGAACCUUGAAAUCAGUGUCCUAGAUCAAACUUCCAGCCAACUGGUAGUGUAGUGGGAUCAGCACUGGACUUCGAGGCCAGUGGUCUUAGGCUCAAAUCGUAAACACAAAAUAAUCUGCAGAUGCUGGGGUCAAAGCAACACUCACAACACGCUGGAGGAACUCAGCAGGUCGGGCAGCAUCCGUGGAAACGAUGAGUCGACGUUUCCACGGAUGCUGACCGACCUGCUGAGUUCCUCCAGCGUGUUGUGAGUGGUCUUAGGCUGGAAUCUGGCUGGCUCCUUGCAUGCUUUCCAUCCGUGCUGGGUUGAGUGUUAGGGUAGCAACUCAGCCUUUUUUUUAAAAAAAAAAGACAAAUGCUAAGGAAAUGAGAAGAAUGCUGCCCAAAGUGUCACAAGGUGCAAAAAGGAACAACAAGAUCUAACUUUUAUUGGCAUAUUUGUUACAAUUGCUCUGGAGCUCAUCCAAACUAUAAAACUUUUUUCCCACAUGAUUUCACAUCUGCAUUGCAUUAAUGUAGGGCAUGGAUUUCUAAAGGCAUCCCUGUACUUGUCUGUUGUCAUUAUCCAUAUCUAGUGUUCUAAUGCAUUAUGGGGUAAAUUAUUGAAUGUUCAUGAAUGAGUGCUAUUCUUCUGUGCCACUGCAAAUAUAUCAUCAACAUCAUGUAAGGGUGGACCUAUAACCACCAGUAUUUCAGCCUACAGUGAUAGCUUUCUAAACACUCUGUAAGCAUUACCUGCUUUAUCCCAAUGUUGCAUAAAACUUCAAUAAAUUUCCUAUUUACACAUUUUGGAAAUGGGUGGCAACUCAAUUUCAAUCAAAUAAUCCAAGGACCUAAUCAGAAAGCACUGCAGUUUUAAGAAUUAUUGUAUUGUUUGAUCCUUAUUGAGGUGAAUUAUUGUAUUGUUUGAUCCUUUUGUUUUGUGUUCUACAGGAUGGAGUAAAUAGAAUUGGUUCAAUUAAUAGAUCU